AUGGAUUUCCGAAACUGCGUGUCUAGCGAGGAUUACAUGUUUGAAAUAAAAAACAAUGAACAGCUGUUCGAUGGGAGCAGAAUGGUGAGUAAUAUCAAACCGUUAUGGAGCAUCAAAGGACACGAUAAUUCUAUUGAGGGGAUCCACCUCGUGGGAAAAAAGGAGUUUGCAACAAUUUCGCACGAUUGUCUGGUCUCCGUGUGGUCAUUAGAGGGUGAAAAAGGAAGCGCAACAAACGUGAAGAAUAUUAAUCUUGGUAACCCGAUACUAUGUUCGAGUUACCAUGAAAGGAAGGGGUACCUGUGUGCCGGAAUGACAAACAAAAAUGACAACAUAUGCGUAAUCGACAUGGGAGAAAAAAAGGUUAAGGAAAUAUUAGCUAGUCAAUGUAAUUCUAUUUUUUGUAUGAAUUAUUUUGAUGAAAAUAAAAUGACAUAUGGAAGCAAAGAAGGGUCCAUUUGUUUAAUAGAUUUUAAUAAAAAAAAAAAUAUAUACAGAUAUGAAGAGAUAGGUGACUGUUUAAAUUACUGUACUUGUAAUGAAGAGCACAAUGUACACAUUUUUAGUUCUUACAAAGGGAACGUGCUAUUCUUUGACUUGAGACAAGCAUUACCUAUUCAUAAAAAUGGAGAUUUACAUUCUAAAUAUUCUAUCAAUACAAUUUUCUCAGAUGGAAAUUCCUUAUAUUCAGGAGCAUCAGAUUGUUUAGUAAAAAAAUUUGAUUUACGUUUUUUGGAUGGGAAGAAGCCAUUGGAAAUAUAUGUCGGGCAUACUUCACCUAUUCGUUUUUUAUCAUUCUCGAAAAAGCAUGAUAAAAUCUUUUGCUCUUCAUCGGAUAAUGGUAGCAUAAAACUUUGGCAGACUGAAAAGAAUGUAGAUGGAGUGAACAGGUCAAGUACGUCUCUAGCAUGUCCAGUUUCUACCCCUGUGGAUGGUGGAAGUUGUGCCUUUCUUCCUACCCUUCCUGGUGACUUAAGCACCAAAAGGGCUACAGAUAGGAUAAAAAGUGGAGGAAAAAACUUCUUACAGCUGAACAAAAAAACAGUCAGAGGUAACCGAUCGAGUUCUAUCGUAUCUGAGAGCAAUUAUAGAAAAUCACCUGACCUUAAAAAAGAAAAUAGCAAUAAGAAUUACGAUAAAGUGGGCAAGGUGGAACGGGCUAGUAUGCUCGACACGUAUAGGAAGAGGACUCUAACUCCAAGCGUGCAGACCAUCCACGAUAAGAGAGUUCAAGUCAUGUCCAGGAACGAACUAUUCAACAUUAUUAAAACGAAGGGUGUCAAUAGUAGGAAGGAUAUUCCGCAUAAUUCUGCGGGUAAGAUUUAUUUAGGGAACACCAAGGAAGGACCCGCUCAGGGAGAUGUCAAAGGGGCGAGAAGUUCUAGCAGGUUAAAAUUACCAUUAAUGUCGCAAUAUUGUGCACCCACCUCUAAGAAUAGCACCAGCUGUAGGAACCUCAAGGGGAAAAAUAAAAUUAGCAUAAGUGUAUCCAAUGACUCAACAAAGGGAGAGGGUAGCAAAUUGGGAUUGAAACCGCACCAGUUCAAUAUUCCCUUCCUACAUUUUAAUGAAAAUGAUUUAGACAGCAGUCAUGCGAAGAAAAUUAAAAUAAGGUACUCCACUUUAUCCAUGUUGAACCAUAGGAGCCGCGUUUCCGCCAUGGUGUGGAUGGGUGACUUGGUCUUGUCUACGUCGUGGGACCAGACGGUGAAGUGUUGGAAUGUUUGUAGGCACGCCGCGGAGUAA